AUGGCGGCCCAUCUGAAGAAGCGGGUUUAUGAGGAGUUCACUAAGGUGGUUCAGCAACAACAGGAGGAAGUUGCUACUAAGAAACUCCGGCUGACAAAACCAAGUAAAUCUGCAGCACUCCACAUAGAUCUGUGUAAGGCCACCUCCCCAGCAGAUGCUUUGCAGUACCUGCUUCAGUUUGCCAGGAAACCUGUUGAGGCAGAAAGCGUGGAGGGAGUCGUCAGGAUUCUCUUGGAACAUUAUUACAAGGAGAAUGAUCCAUCUGUGAGACUGAAGAUUGCAUCAUUGUUGGGUUUACUGUCAAAGACUGCAGGAUUUUCACCAGACUGCAUUAUGGAUGAUGCCAUUAAUAUCCUGCAGAAUGAAAAGUCUCAUCAAGUCCUUGCUCAACUGUUGGACACUUUGCUUGCAAUUGGCACUAAACUCCCAGAGAAUCAAGCUAUCCAGAUGCGAUUAGUUGAUGUAGCCUGCAAGCACCUGACAGAUACCUCUCAUGGUGUAAGAAAUAAGUGUCUGCAGUUACUUGGAAAUCUUGGUUCUUUGGAGAAAAAUGUCACAAAAGAUGCAGAAGGCCUAGCUGUCAGAGAUGUCCAGAAGAUUAUAGGGGAUUACUUUAAUGACCAGGACCCACGUGUCAGAACAGCAGCUAUAAAAGCCAUGUUGCAGCUCCAUGAAAGAGGACUGAAGUUACACCAAACAAUUUACAAUCAGGCUUGUAAACUGCUCUCUGAUGACUAUGAACAAGUGCGUAGUGCUGCAGUCCAGCUUAUCUGGGUUGUCAGUCAGCUCUAUCCUGAAAGCAUUGUCCCAAUCCCUUCUUCUAAUGAAGAAAUUCGCUUAGUUGAUGAUGCGUUUGGAAAAAUUUGUCACAUGGUCAGUGAUGGCUCCUGGAUGGUUCGAGUUCAAGCUGCAAAGCUAUUGGGCUCUAUGGAGCAAGUCAGUUCUCAUUUCUUGGAACAGACGCUUGACAAGAAGCUGAUGUCAGAUCUGAGGAGGAAACGCACUGCACAUGAACGUGCCAAGGAACUUUACAGCUCGGGAGAGUUUUCCAGCGGCAGGAAGUGGGGAGAUGAUGCUCCCAAGGAAGAGAUAGAUACGGGGGCUGUGAACUUGAUUGAGUCAGGAGCUUGUGGAGCCUUUGUUCAUGGAUUGGAAGAUGAGAUGUACGAGGUCCGCAUUGCUGCUGUGGAGGCACUCUGCAUGCUGGCCCAGUCUUCACCCUCUUUUGCUGAGAAGUGCCUUGAUUUCCUGGUUGACAUGUUUAAUGAUGAAAUUGAGGAAGUACGUCUCCAGUCCAUACAUACCAUGAGAAAAAUCUCUAACAAUAUCACCCUUCGAGAGGAUCAGCUUGACACUGUCCUGGCUGUGUUAGAGGAUUCAUCUAGAGAUAUUAGAGAGGCUCUUCAUGAACUCCUAUGCUGUACUAAUGUUUCAACCAAAGAAGGGAUUCAUCUUGCACUGGUGGAGCUGCUAAAAAAUUUAACCAAGUACCCUACUGAUAGGGACUCCAUAUGGAAAUGCUUAAAGUUUCUGGGAAGUCGGCAUCCAACCCUGGUGCUUCCCCUGGUGCCUGAGCUGCUGAGCACACACCCGUUUUUUGACACAGCUGAACCAGACAUGGAUGAUCCAGCCUACAUUGCAGUUUUGGUUCUUAUUUUCAAUGCUGCUAAAACCUGUCCAACGAUGCCUGCAUUGUUCUCAGAUCAUACCUUCAGGCACUAUGCCUACCUUCGAGACAGUCUUUCUCAUCUUGUUCCUGCCUUGAGGUUACCAGGUAGAAAACUAGUGUCAUCGGGUCUUUCUCCCAAUAUCACACCUCAUGAGGAUCCUUCCCAUCAGUUCCUGCAGCAGAGCCUUGAAAGGGUAUACAGUCUUCAGCACCUCGACCCUCAGGGAACCCAGGAGCUGCUAGAGUUCACCAUCAGGGAUCUGCAAAGGCUUGGAGAGCUUCAGUCUGAAUUGGCAGGAGUAGCUGACUUCUCUGCUACCUAUCUUAGGUGUCAACUGCUUCUCAUUAAGGCCCUACAGGAAAAGCUGUGGAAUGUGGCUGCCCCUUUAUAUUUGAAGCAGAGUGAUUUGGCCUCAGCAGCAGCAAAACAGAUCAUGGAAGAAACCUAUAAAAUGGAGUUCAUGUAUAGUGGCGUGGAGAACAAGCAGGUGGUGAUUAUCCAUCACAUGAGGCUGCAGGCCAAAGCCUUACAGCUUAUAGUAACAGCACGGACUGCUCGAGGAGUUGACCCCUUAUUUGGAAUGUGUGAAAAAUUUUUACAGGAAGUAGACUUUUUUCAGAGGUGUUUCAUCGCUGAUUUGCCCCACCUGCAGGACAGCUUUGUGGACAAACUUCUUGACCUCAUGCCCCGACUCAUGACAUCCAAACCUGCAGAAGUGGUCAAAAUUCUGCAGACCAUGCUGCGGCAGAGUGCCUUCCUACACCUCCCCCUUCCAGAGCAGAUCCACAAAGCCUCCGCCACCAUUAUUGAGCCAGCAGGCGAGUCAGACAACCCUUUGAGAUUUACGUCUGGGUUGGUGGUGGCCCUGGAUGUUGAUGCAACCCUGGAACACGUGCAGGAUCCUCAGAACACUGUGAAGGUCCAGGUCUUAUAUCCAGAUGGCCAGGCUCAGAUGAUCCACCCUAAGCCGGCAGACUUUCGGAAUCCUGGCCCAGGGCGGCACCGGCUCAUCACUCAGGUGUUCCUCUCCCACACUGCCUGGACAGAACCCUGCCAGGUGGAAGUGAGGCUGCUGCUGGCCUACAACUCCAGUUCACGCAUUCCAAAAUCCCCCUGGAUUGAAGGUGGUGAGAUGUCACCCCAGGUGGAAACCAGCAUCGAGGGCACCAUCCCCUUCAGCAAGUCUGUAAAAGUUUACAUAAUGCCCAAACCCGCAAGACGCUGA